CCUUUGUCUUCCUCUUUCUUAAGUUUGGAAUCCUCCCACCAUCAAAACAACCCAAAACUCCAAUCUCCCAUCAACGCUACAAAACAAUUACAAACCUUAUGUUAUUCCAUAUAAGCCUUUGAUACAUAUAUACGGAGAGAGAGAGAGAGAGAGAGAGAGAGAGAGAGAGAGAGAGAGAGAGAGAGAGAGAGAUCAUGACCACUGAUUGGGGUCCCAUCAUCGUAGCCGUUGUUCUCUUCGUUCUCUUGUCACCAGGGCUCUUAGUACAGAUUCCGGCACGGACGAGGGCGGUCGAGUUCGGAAACAUGUGCACUAGUGGGAUUUCUAUUCUAGUUCACUCCAUCAUUUUCUGUGGUAUACUUACAAUCGUAGUCAUUGCCAUUGGCAUUCAUGUACGCACUGGUUGAUUUAAACACAAGGGACCUUCUUUUAAUUUGGGUCUUACCCAAGAGUUUCAUGCCGUAGCUUCUUAAGUUUUUUUUUUCCCUUUUCUUGUUGUAGAAUAAAUGAUUUCUUAAAUGGGCCUUUUGUUUGAUUUGUAAGAGUAUGUUUGGAUGUGCAAUUUAUUUUUACCGCAAUAA